GUGAAUUAUUUAGUUAUGAAAGUGGCGUAUCUUAAACCGAAUAUUUCGCAAAAAACAAAUCGAAUACGAGAUGCUUUUUGAACCGUCAGAAAAAAAACCUCGGAGACUAAAACAUAAAGAACAAGAUUGGGUAUGUAAACAAACAUAGAUAACUACUUAAAAUUACCGCACGAUCCGACUUGGUUGCGAAAUAUCUGGUUAAAGAAGUUUAUAAAUUCACUCGGAUAAGACGCGCCUAUAAUCAUGCCUCGUUUAACAUUUUUGGCAGUUGUUUGUGUUUGCGUUUGUUCUUGUGACAAAAUAGAUGCUAUUGAAAAUGUAACACAAACACCCUCAGUGGCUCUAAAUGGAAGCGCGAUAGAUGUUUUAAAUAAUGUUUUCGGAGUAUUUGGCAAGUUGCUGAAUAAUACAAAUGGUCUCAAUGGAAUUGGAGAUUUUCUUAACGGGUUACUGCAAGGUGGGGCCGGGGACAAGAAAUGGACAACACAAAAACCUAAAACUACUAGCGAAAGGCCGGACUCAGAAUCUCAAAAUAUCUUAGAGUUUCUACAGCCAUUAUUACCAAUGCUAGCCAGUACUGGACUGAGUGACCCGAUGAAACUCAUUCCCAUGGCUCUUUCCUAUCUGCAAUCGCUGGAUCCAGUUUUACAAGCAAGUGGUGUCAGCAACUCAUGCCGGAAAGAUAUGAAUCUUUGGUUCAAAGGUCUUGGUAGGUUCGAAGGAUGGGCAUGGAAGAUGAUCGAUUCUAGUUUCAAGAUUCCAAGUAAUCUUGCGGGCUUCAAUCUCAAGUGGCUUGGCGACAUGGAAGAGUGCACAGCUAUUCAAGCUAAUAUUUACGACAAUGUAACAGCCAAAACGGAACAGUUCGAUGGAAAAUAUUGUCGAAUUAUUUUUCCUUUAGGCGAUCUUGGAGGUGGGGGUCAGCUUCUGAUUCUUGGUUCAUGUGCUUCAAGUCGCUGUUCAAAUGACGAUGUGACGAUUAUGGUUAACUCCUUGGUUAGUGCCGUUGCUCCAGAAGGGUUUCCACUAAAAGCUCUUGUGUCCUGUAUUGGAGACACGCCGGAACUGGAUUCAAAAGCAAUAGCAGCUAUUUGCAUACUGGGAGUGCUAGGUGCCCUUGUUGUGAUUGGGACAAUUUAUGACGCCAUCGCUAUCCAGAUGACGUCACAGAAGGAAAGCAAACCGCCUGUAUUAAUAUCUACAAUUCCCCGAGAAUCUCCACCGCCUUAUAUUGCGUAUGAUAAGAUGCCCGGAGAAGAAGGAGGGGGCGAUGGUUAUUCAAUUACAAAUAGUGAUAAAGGCGCUACCAACAACAGAACUGAGGAUGCUCAAAAUAUGGCGCCUGCCAAUCCCGGAGAAAGGAAACUUCAGAGAACCCCAAAAAGUAUACUUGGGAAAAUCCUUAUAGCGUUCUCUGUAUAUACAAACGGAUGCAAGUUGCUCGGAACUGGUCAAGGAGCCGGAAGUCUAGGUGCAGUAAAUGGGAUCCGAUUCCUUAGUAUGGCAUGGGUCAUACUUGGUCAUACGUAUUUUUUUGCCGUGGGAUAUGCAACCAAUGCUGCACCAUUGACGGGUAAAAAGUUCAACCAGUGGACAUUUACCGCAAUCAUAAAUGCGUCUGUAUCUGUGGACACUUUCUUUGCAUUGAGUGGAAUUCUUGUGGCAUAUCUGACUUUACGUGAGCUGAAGAAAGUGGGAGGGGCUUGCAAAUUCAACUGGUUUAUGUUUUAUUUCCACAGGUUUUGGAGACUAACGCCACCGUAUAUGUUGAUCCUCAUGUGUGGAACGGUAUUGUAUAAAUACCUAACCCAAGGCCCACUAAGUCAGGGAGAAGGAGAAAGUACGUUUAUGGUCAACUGCAAAGAUAGCUGGUGGACAAAUCUUCUUUAUGUCAACAACUACGUGAAUGUAGACAAAUCGUGCAUGGGAUGGACAUGGUACCUGGCCAAUGACAUGCAAAUGUAUAUUAUAAGUCCCCUCAUACUGCUGCCUUUAUUCUACAACGUCAUUUUUGGCGGAAUCACCAGUACAUUAUUUUUGGCUGGAACAAUUGCGGCAACAGCUAUUAUAACGAAUGAACACCAAUACCCGGCACAAUCAUGGUCGCCUUUUGCUCCGAAGCAAGAUGAGCACUACUUCAAACAGAUGUACAUCCCUGCAUCGACUAGACUCGGACCGUAUUUAGUUGGGCUUGUCACUGGCUAUGUGUUGUAUAAAUGCAAAUGCAGAUUCAGGAUACCAGUGAUGAUCAACUUAGCUUGCUGGCUCCUAUGCAUCGGUGCAGUCUGUUCUAUUGUUUAUGGUCCUUUUACCAAGGACGAUGAGCAUAUAUUUACAGCAGAGCAAUCCACUGCCUAUAACACAUUGUUUAGGACUGGCUGGGGCGUGGCUAUAUGUUGGAUUGUCUUUGCUUGUGCUACUGGAUACGGAGGCUGGAUAAAUGAGCUGUUGUCAUGGAGUCCCUUUGUACCACUUGGUAGACUCACCUACUGUGCCUAUCUUCUACAUCCAUUUGUAAUGGCAUAUUACUACGAGACCAGUCCAAAGCCUGUAUACUUCUCGGAUUACGGAAUUAUCUAUCUAUUUCUCGGAAAUCUCGUGCUUUCCUACGGUGCUGCCUUUAUGGUUUCUUUGUUCUUCGAAUCGCCUAUGAUGGGACUUGAGAAAGCCCUCUUUAAGAAGAAAUGAUAAAGAAACAGGACAAAAGCCAGUGAAUGGGUUUGGUAGACGAAUCAACAUAGAAAAAUUGAUUAUUUCUGUAUUACAUUUCAUGUAAAACAGAAAAAAAACAUCUUCAGGCAGAUGCACUUUGACUCAUUGUAGAUAAUAUAUUGUUUUAUGUUUUGUAUCAUUUAUUUGUGGUAAUAUUUUCUGUAUAAAAUGUACUGAAUUGCUCUUGGCAUAGUAUUACGGCAGUGCAUACCAGUCAUUUGUCCCACAUGAAGAGCUCAAGUGUCGAUUAAUGUCACCUUAAGGUUUAUGUAAAGUGUUUGAGAUCACCCCUUGGGUAAAUUUUCAUUUUGGAAAUUAUACCCGACAGACCCAUAAUAUUCAUAACAUAUAUAUACGGAGAAGUUCAGAAGAAGUAGAAAAUACUUUAUACAGAGGUCACCUUGUUUGGUAAUAUGCAUUUUGUCUUACAAAACAUGUACUUCAACUGAUCACAUUAUAUUUUGUACAAAAUAUCAAACUUCUUUUUCAAACACAUUUUUUCUCUAAAUUUAUUUUUGUUGUGUGUCUUACAUACUUAUCUAGGUACUCCGGAAAAUGAAAAAUAGUUUACUUUUAUAUUUGUUGAAAUACUGCAGUUUUUGUCAAUUUGACAGCUCUACUUUCACUUACAUUUUGCCAUGUUUGCAUUUUUUUUUGAAAUGUACAUGGUUUAUAACACUUUCAACCCCGGAGUACCUGGACAAACAUGUUAGACGCACAAUGAUAACAAAAGUAAUGACAAAAUACUUUUGAAAAAGAAGUUUGAUAUCUUCUACAAAAUAGAACAUGAACAGUCAAAGCACAUGUGGUAUAAGACAAAAUGUGUUGUCCAAAAGGGAAUAACCUGUCUUAAUAGUUUCUUCAAUUUAUUAUAAACAAUUUGGUGUAUUCUUCAUCAUAGACCAAUGCCUAUGCGGCGUAAAAAACUAAAACAAAAAUUCACCCGAGGGGUGGUUUCUAAAGACUUUACUUGAACUUUAAACAGCCGUGGUGAUUAAAUGCACUACUUAUUAGAAUGUCCCGGCUCCUUCUUUAAUAAAAGAUCAAAGCUUAAACCAAAAAUAUUUUAUCAAAGGCCGAGUAUUAUCAAGUUUAAAGAUUUAUUAUCAAGUACAAGGGGAUCCACUUUGACAAAUCUUGCUUACUUUGUAAAAGAUCUGAUUGAAUA